AUGGCGGGGUUAAGUCAGGGAAGGUCAUAUCGUAGGCAAUUGUUUGAUGAGAUAUUUGAUUUUAGUGAAGAUGAUAGUUUGUUCGCUGAAGAUGUGGAGGAAGAUGAAUCAACUGGUGAUCAAGAUAUGAACGAAGGAGGCAUUAGAGCAGUAGCAAACACUAAUGCUAUUGAAGAAGGUCCUCUAACAGGGAUGUUAUUUCCUUGUAUCAGCACUAUGUUCAACUUCUAUAAAGAACAUGCUAGAUUGAAAGGUUUUAGUGUUUUCAAAAGAUCAGCAGUUAAUAUUUCAAAAGUUAUUUCAAGUCACAAUCACGAAUUGGAACCUUCUAUGUCUAGAUUGAUGGUUGCUCACAGGUCACUGAAUAUGGAUAUGAAGAGGAGAUUGGAGGCAAACGAUAUAGCUGGCAUAAGACCCACAAAAAGCAUUAGGUUGCUUGAAGUUCAAGCAGGUGGACCAGAAAAUUUAAGCUGUUUGUCAAAGGAUUGUCGAAACUUCAUUGAGCGAAAGAGGAGGCUACGACUUGGUGAUGGUGAUGCUGAGGCUAUACGUAAGUUGUUUGUGAGAAUGCAACGAAACGAUCCUGAGUUUUUCUAUUUAUUUGAUCUUGAUGAUGAUUCCAGGCUUUCAAAUGUUCUAUGGGUUCAUCCUCGUAGUCAAGCUGCUUACGAGGAAUUCAAUGAUGUUGUUAGUUUUGACACUACUUACCUUGUUAAUCGAUACAAGUUGCCAUUUGCCACCAUUAUUGGAGUAAAUCAUCAUGGGCAAUCUAUUUUAUUAGGAUGCGCCUUGAUCUCACAUGAAGAUGUAAACACUUUUAAGUGGUUGUUCAUGACGUGGCUUGAAGCAAUGGAAGAUGUUCAUCCUAAUUCUAUUCUUACAGAUCAAUGCGAGAGCAUGAGGAAAGCCAUUAGGGAGGUAAUGCCUAAUACUAGACACAGAUUUUGCUUGUGGCAUAUAUUAUGCAAGGUACCUGAGAAGUUUAAGGGUGUUACUGAUUAUGAUAGUGCAUGCCUUGAGUUUAAAGCUGUAAUAUAUGAUAGCUUAACCAUCGAGAUGUUUGAGAGAAAUUGGAAUGAGUUUGUGGUGAAGCAUGGGUUGGAAAGAAAUGAAUGGCUUUCCAAACUAUAUGUUGAUAGGGAGUAUUGGGUUCCAAUUUAUCUCAAUCACACAUUUUGGGCUGGAAUGGUUUCGACUCAAAGGAGUGAGAGCAUGCAUGCCUAUUUUGAUAGGUAUGUUAACUCAAUGAGCACACUAAAGCAAUUUGUGGAGCAGUAUGAGAUUGCUAUGUGUGACAAGAAUGAAAAGGAGUUCUAUGCUGAUUUCAAAUAA